AAGUGGUUGCAUACACACGUCGUCGCUUAGGCGAAAAUUUCUAGGCGAGUACUGGAUAACAGCAGCGCCUAAGUUAGUUCGUUUGAGAUCUCUAAAACCUAGUUUAACAUAAAGUAAUCAUGCAGUCUAUGAUUAUCCUCGCAGCCACACUCUGCCUCGCUCAGGCUUCAUACUAUGCCGGCCCACCCGCUCACAUACAGCUUAGUCCCGAUGGCAAAUAUGUUCUUGAUACACCCGAAGUAGCACAUGCAAAACAAGCCCACUACGCAGCGCAUGCACAAGCAUCGUCCGCUCACGGAGCAUGGGCACCCGCCGCUGGGUACCUCGGCGCACCCGCUGCUUACGCGGCUGGUCACUACGGUGCACCUGCAGCUGGUCUCCUCAAGUACGGCCCCGCGCCCCUAGCGCAUGAUGGUCGCGUUGUAGACACCCCUGAGGUUGCCCACCUGAAGGCCGCACACGCCCAGGCGCACGCUCACGCCGCGCACGGCAGUGCGUUAGCACCUCUUGGCCAUGGACCGAUCGCUCCUCUUAGUUACGCCGCACCCCUUGCUCAUGGUGCCGGAUACGCCGCAGGUUACGGCAAAUGGACUGGACCCCCAGCCCACAUCCAGCUGACCCACGAUGGUCAAUACGUAGUGGAUACACCUGAAGUGCAGCACGCGAGAGCUGCCCACCUUGCACAAUAUGCGGCCGCCGCUCAUGCCGCCGCCGCUUCACCCGAGGAGCCCUGGGGACAUGGACCCCAAGGCUGGCACUAAUCUCUACCUCUGACCUACUACGACACUGCCUAAAUGCCUUUUUAUAUAAAAUGUACAUAAAAACAAAAAAAAUGUUGUACUGUAUAAAGUUGAACGUGAACGUGUAAAGCAAACUGCAAACAAUGUAGAGUGAACUUGAAAAUGUAAUAUUAAAAAAAAUCUAAUAAUUUUAUAAGUGUGUUUUC